AUGCCACCAAUUCGCUCUAAAGAUGCUAGGAACUCUAUAGAGAUAGAGGGAAGACUUGAACUCGCGAUAAAUGCUAUUAAAAAGCAGGAAAUAUCCUCUAUUUCUGAAGCUGCACGCAUCUUUAAUGUGCCACGCUCUACACUUGGUCAUAGACUCAGUGGUCGAUCUUCACGGGUGAAUUUACGCGCAAAUUCACAUAAAUUAACUCCUGCUGAAGAGGAUAAGCUUGUUCAAUGGAUCCUAGACCUAGCUUUACGAGGACUACCACCCCGGCCUGCAUUUGUGGAGAAUAUGGCUAAUCAUCUUCUUGCCAUACGGAAGCCUAGCCAUACAAACCACCCUCCUCGCGUUGGCAAGAACUGGGUGUCAAAUCUAGUGGCACGCCGUCCAGAGCUCCAAUGCCGCUUCUCAAGACGCUAUAACCAUGAUCGGGCCAAGUGUGAAGACCGCAGGAUUGUGGAGGGUUGGUUUAAGACCCUAGAGAGGCCUGGGAAUCGUGAGUGGGUGACUGCAAUUGAGUCAGUCAACGCGUCAGGAUGGGCCCCUCCGCCGUAUAUUAUCCUCAAAGGUCACAAUAUUCAGGAAGGCUGGUUUGACGGGCUGCCGGAAGGCUGGAGAUUGGAUGUUAGUCCUAAUGGCUGGACCACAGAUGAGAUAGGAAUCAAAUGGCUUACACGGCUGUUUAUUCCAGCUGCAAAUCCACGCAGGGUUGGAACCCAUAUUCUUCUUAUUCUGGACGGGCACGGCAGUCAUCUUACUCCGGAAUUUGACCAAAUCUGCAGUGAGAAUAAGAUUAUUCCUCUCUGCAUGCCACCACAUUCUUCACACCUUUUGCAGCCACUAGAUGUGGGUGUUUUUGCACCUUUAAAGCGCGCGUACGGAACCCUAGUUGAACAGCGAAUGCGGCUAGGAUUCAACACCAUUAAGAAGGCAGAUUUCCUAGAUGCCUAUCCUGCAGCACGUCGGGAAGCCUUCAAGGCUUCAAACAUUCAAAGUGGGUUCAGGGCCACUGGAAUAGUUCCAUUGGAUCCUCAAUGCGUUGUUCAGCAGCUGAAUAUUCAACUCCGAACCCCUACUCCCCCAGCCAGCAGGUCAAGCAAUUCAACGUCAUCCUGGAUCCUACAAACACCUAGUAACCCCCGGCAAUUGCAGAAGCAGGUGAAUAAGCUGAGCCUGUUGAACAGCCUGUUAUUCAACAUUCCGUACCUGCGGCCCCGGAGCCUAGACCCCGCAUACGAGCGCCACAACGCUGCAGCAAUUGCAAUACUGUUGGGCAUACAAGAAUAA